GACAAGACAGGACAGGACAGGAGUCGUCCAGAGUUGAUAUCGAUAACUGUAACCUUGACCAUGGCCUAUAUCAUUCUACCAAGACUUCAACACCCUGCCGUGCACUCUAUAACCAAGACCUUGACAGUGAACAAGUUGUCACGGAAACUCCUCCUACCUUCUACUUGCUGUAACCCUGUUGGAGUUUCCAAAUGUCUGUCAAACGUACACGAUGUAAAGACGAGCAACAAAUACUCCAGAAAUACACACAACUCUGUUCAUGGACUGUCAGAACGCCGUCAGGUUGAACUUUCAUCUCUCACAAGAACUCAAGGACAAUUUUCCAAUAGGGCACCAACAGCAUUCCAUUCAAAAAUUUUGUUACGUAGUCCACUGCAGAACCCAUGGCUAUCUGGGGUGGACUCAUCAGGACUCCUUGUUCCUCCAUAUGUGGAUGAGAGCAGACGACACUUUACACUGAACCCCAGGAAAAUUGUGGAACAAAGUCCUAAACAUGUGCGGCCAUAUCUACAGCUCAUUCGAUUUGACAAGCCCAUAGGUUCCUGGCUGUUGUUCUGGCCGUGUGCGUGGAGUAUUGGCAUGGCGGCCACACCAGGACAGUUUCCUGACUUUGGUCUGCUGUUCCUGUUUGGUUUGGGAUCUGUGAUCAUGAGGGGAGCUGGCUGUACCAUCAAUGAUCUAUGGGACAGGGAUAUAGACAAGAAGGUUGCUAGGACGCGGUCCCGCCCACUGGCUAGUGGCAAGAUCAGCAAACGUAAUGCAGUGCUGUUCCUGGGAGCACAGCUGAGUGCUGCGCUGUGCAUCCUGCUGUCACUCAACUCCUACAGUGUGCUUCUAGGCUUCUCCUCCAUGCUGUUGGUCUCGACCUACCCACUGUUCAAAAGAGUCACCUACUGGCCACAGGUGGUACUGGGUCUGACUAUCAACUGGGGAGCUCUGCUGGGAUGGGCCGCUGUCAAAGGAAGCUGUGAUUGGUCAGUUGUUCUUCCGCUGUAUCUCGGAGCUGCCGCAUGGACUAUGGUGUACGAUACCAUAUAUGCACAUCAGGACAAGGCUGAUGACAUGCUGAUCGGUGUGAAGUCCACAGCCCUAAGGUUUGGGGAGGACACUCGGGCAUGGCUGUCAGGGUUCAGCGCAGCGAUGGUGUUGGGCCUGCUGCUCAGUGGGCUCAUGUGUGAGCAGACAUGGCCGUACUACGCAGCUGUGGGCCUGACAGGUGCACACCUGUACAACCAGGUUGCAACUGCGAAGUUUGACAAACCAGAGGACUGUUGGAAGAAGUUCAGCUCUAACAAGAGAUUGGGUGCCAUCAUUUUUGCUGGCAUCGUGGCAGGCACCAUCCUCAAGGGGACCAACAGUGACAAGGAAGAAAGCACAGAUGCUGCAAACAAGAACCUAUAACAACUUCAGACUCUGACACUGGA